AACUGGGACUGUCUUAAACUAGCCAUGAGAGAAAUGUUUGCCAAUAGGAGUGAGGCAAUCUCACCUUAUCCACACUCCCACCACAAUCUUUUAUUACACUGAUAAUCACUAUCGCACUCCCUUAUCAAAAAUCCACAACCAUUUCUUAGCCAAACUAAUAACCCUCCCAAUUUUGGUCUUCGCCUGUGAGAAAGAUAAAAGUUAAUUAUUCUCAUCAAAUUUAACAUACAAACUGCAAUGGCAGCCAUGAACUCUAGUGUUUUGGCUUGUAACUAUGUCAUCUCAGGGCCUGGAAUGUCUGAACUCAGCCCCAAGGCCGUUUCAGUUGCAUCUCCAAUUGCGGCUGGACAGAAAAUGCCUGUGAUCAGGGCUCAGCAGGCCAAGAUUUCAGAGCCGAAAAGGAGUGAAGGUCGCCGGGCUGCAAUGCUCUACCUCGCAGCCACCCUCUUCACCACAGCUGCUGCUGCCUCAAACUCUUCUGCCAAUGCUGGAGUCAUUGAGGAAUACCUUGAGAAGAGCAAGGCCAACAAGGAAUUGAAUGACAAGAAGAGGUUGGCAACAAGUGGAGCAAACUUUGCAAGAGCAUACACAGUUCAAUUUGGCACUUGCAAAUUCCCUGAGAACUUCACUGGCUGCCAAGAUCUUGCCAAGCAGAAGAAAGUGCCAUUUCUUUCUGAUGAUUUGGCUUUGGAGUGCGAAGGUAAGGACAAAUACAAGUGUGGCUCUAAUGUGUUCUGGAAAUGGUGAAAGACCUCAACUCUUUCUUCUCCCUACAAAUUUAUUCUCCUCGUGUAUUUAAAUUUCCUAUGAAAAGAACUUUAUAUCUUCUUCUCUUGUAAUGUUCUCUUCCUUUUUUUUUCUUCCAACUUUUAGAUUUUAUUGUUGAAUGCACAAACAAAGAAGUUAGUACUC